ACAUCUAUCUAGAAUUGUAUAAAUUUAAUAGAGCCAUAUAGAUUAUUUCUAGAUAAAAAAAUGUAAUAAAUAAGGGUAACCUCGGAUUUUACAUCGCGUAUUUGGUGAGGUAAAAUGGCGUCACGUGUAAUUUUGUCCCUGGCGCUCCUCGUGGCUGCCACAGCCGCGUCGCCCAACCGCAUCGUGGGUGGCAACCCCACCACCGUCCAGGAAUACCCCUGGAUCGUGCAGUCGGAGACCAUGGGCAUCUUCACAGGCGUCUGGAGCCAGAGCUGUGCCGCCAACGUCCUCACCACCAGAUACGUGGUCACCGCUGCGCACUGUUACGAAGGAUUGCUCUACGAACCGAACCUCCGCCGCAUCCGCGCGGGCAGCACCUACAGGAACACCGGCGGCGUCAUCAGCCACGUGGAGACGGCCAUCAACCACCCCACCUACCGCCACCUGUCGGGCUACGACGGCGACAUCAGCGUGGUCCGGCUUGUUGAGUCCCUGGUCUACACGCCCGUUGUCCAGCAGUCCACCAUAGCGUCUCCUGAAACAGUGCUGCCUCCGAACUUGCCCGUUAUCCAUGCCGGCUGGGGCACCACUUCGUUCCACGGUUCUUCAUCCAACGUUCUCCAAGACGUCACCAUCUACACCAUCGACCACCAGAUUUGCGCCGAGCGGUACCGCACUCUUGUUCCACCCCAAGAUGUCACCGAGAACAUGAUCUGUGCUGGACUUUUAGACGUGGGCGGCCGCGAUGCCUGCCAGGGCGACUCUGGAGGCCCACUGUACUACAAGGAUGUGACCGGUUUGACCAUCUUGGUGGGUAUCGUAUCGUGGGGCCAUGGCUGCGCGAAUGAGACGUACCCAGGUGUUAGCACAAACGUUGCCAAAUAUACUGAAUGGAUCAUCCAGACCGCUGUUUAAUUAACAAAUAAAUAAAUUGCUCUUGAAAUCUAAAA